AUGAAUGAGCAAUCAGUGAAGACAAGAAGAUCCAGCCGGCAGACAGCUCAACCAAAGCCUCCACUUUCUUACAUUGCACUUAUAUCAACAGCGAUACUCAGCUCUCCUCGUAAAAAGCUCACGUUGACCGAAAUAAACAAGUACCUCGUGGAUAAUUACGAGUUCUUUCGCGGAAGCUAUCAGGGCUGGAAAAAUUCUGUGCGGCAUAACCUCUCAUUUAACAAGUGCUUCGUGAAAAUACUGAAGGAUCCAUCGCGCCCAUGGGGCAAGGACAAUUACUGGACAGUUUUGGUGGAUUUAUUGGAAGAGUACAUUAAGGAAGACGGGAAUUUCAGGCGCAGAAGAAAACGCCAGCCUCGACCAAAAGGAAAGGUUGAGCCAUCUGACGUCACAGAGGGAUUCAACGUUAAACAUACGACACAAAUUGAAAAAAAGAACUUCGAUAUCAGCCCCAGCCCAGACGUAUUGACCCAAAGCAAGGGAAAUAUAGAUCUGAACAGAUUUUCCAUCGAUAGGCUACUGCAGGUGGAAGAUGAAGUUCGGAAUGACGAUAAAUUUGGCUAUCAGAUGUUUGGUGGCCCUACAACAGCGUUUCAAGGUAUGAUAUCCAAGGGUAAAUAGUAAUUAACAACUUCUAGGGAAAUAAUUAAAUUAUCUCCUUUGCAAACGGUUAAAUCAUGAUCACCCGUUCACUCCCAGAACAUCUAAGGCCUCAUCUUAUGUAGAUUUAACUUUUGAGUUCAAGGAAAACAUCCUUUUACUUUUGAGUUUGUGGAUGAAAUCCUAUGGUGUUACCAUUUAAAUGAAACCUCUUCAGCAAUACUUUCACAUGGUACUAUUUAUUUAGCAUGUAGUUCAAACUUUUGAGUCUGUGGAUGAAAGCCUAUGGUGUUACCAUUCAAAUGAAACCUCUUCAGCUGUACUUUCACAUGGUAUUAUUUAUUUAGUAUGUAGUUCUAACUUUCGAGUCUGUGGAUGAAAUCUUUUGGUGUUACCAUUCAAAUGAAACCUCUUCAGCAGUACCAUCACAUGGUACUAUUUAUUUAGUACGUUGUUCUAACUUUUGAGUCUGUGGAUGAAAUCCUAUGAUGUUACCAUUCAAAUGAAACCUCUUCAGCAGUACCUUCAGAUGAUACUAUUUAUUUAGCAUGUAGUUCAAACUUUUGAGUCUGUGGAUGAAAGCCUAUGGUGUUUCCACUCAAAUGAAACUUCUUCAGCAAUACUUUCACAUGGCACUAUUUAUUUUUUAUGUACUUCUUACUUUUCAGUCUGUACAUGAAAACCUAUGGUGCCACCAUUCAAAAAAUCUCUCUUCAGCAGUACUUUCACAUAUCAUUAUUCGCUCUUCUGUUUCAAUCCCCAAAAGCUCAUUUCGGCAUGGUGGUAUCCGUUUUUCAGAAUUUACGAAAGGAAGUUCGAUCUUCUGUUCAACUUUGUUCAGUAGGCGGGCACCCUUGGGAAAGAAAAUGAUAUAUGCAGUCGAUUCUUACGGGAUGGGAGUAAAAUGAUUUUGACAAAAAAAAAGGUCUACAGCAGUAAACGGUCAACUUGAAGUUAUACCAACACAGAACAGCUGGGGAUAAGAUCACUCAUGUAGCUAAACUUUCAUUAACCUAAUCGUAGGGUCAAACACAGAUUUAACGAAGUUUCAAGGCAUGUUGCUUUCAGCAAUAUCCACAAUUUUUUUCCCUUGUGGAUGUUUAUUUUUUUAACCAAUUUGAAUGAGCUUAUGAUACCAUUCUAUCAAAGGCGAUCAACAAUAACAAUACUAUGAUAAUCACAUUUCAAUUAAAGUGGAUAUUAAAACAAAUCGAUAGAUGCAUAAUAAUAAAACAAACGGAAACAGUGCCACAUGGCCACCGAGUUCAUGCCGAAACUCAGCUUUUAAUAUAUUAUCUUUUUCCAGCAGGUAGAGUGUAUGGAUACGACAACGGAAACAUUUCCAAUUUUCAGAGUGAUGCAUUUGAUAGAAGAUUUGGCCCUCCCCAUUAUCGUCCGAACAACUCGCAAGGACUGACCACGCCCUUCGGACCGCCAUCUUGGAAUCACGUUGACCCCUCAUAUCACAAUUAUCAGAACAGCAGCAAGAGUUUUUUCUCUUAUCCUCCGAGUAGUCACUCUGUCGCCCACCAUUAUUACGUAUAA